AUGAACAGUGAAAUCUCUAACCAAUCACUUGAUAGCUACUCUUCGAUUGAGACUAUUUCAGGCGUCAAUCUCGACAUCCUCUUUAACGCACAGGUUUUCACUCGUACAGGUAUCCAUAAAGGAAACAUCGUCGCACUUAAGCCACUGCAUCGACAAAGCAUUACGCCCACAAAAAGAAUCAUGAUUGAGGUGAAAAAGGUUAGAGCAACUAGUUGA